AGGUGCUAGAAGCGGGGCUGGGCGAGGUGUGUGCCCUCUGGGCUCCCGGGCCGCCGCCCCCUCAUUGCCUGGGUCUUUCCCUCCCUGCGUGCUCCGGAGCGCGUCCAGCCCCCGGCCUCUGCGCCCCAGCCCAUGGCGCCCCGCAAUUGAGCCAGCGUCGCCAGGGACCCCUCCUGCGGGCCUCCCCAGGGCGUGCAGAUCCCGGAGCCGCCCGCCCACCCUCCGCGGAGCUUCCCUCCCUUCCUCGCCGGAGCCCGGCGGGACCAUGGCUGCAAAGCUGCGAGCGCAUCAGGUGGACGUGGACCCGGACUUCGCGCCGCAGAGCCGGCCGCGCUCGUGUACCUGGCCACUGCCGCAGCCCGACUUGGCCGCCGACGAGGACCGGGCGCUGGGCGCUGGAGUGGCUGAGGGCGCCGAGGACUGCGGGCCGGAGCGCCGGGCGACAGCCCCAGUGAUGGCCCCAGCGCCGCCGCUGGGCGCGGAGGUCGGACCGCUGCGGAAAGCGAAGAGCUCCCGGCGGAACGCAUGGGGGAACCUGUCCUACGCCGACCUCAUCACCAAAGCCAUCGAGAGUGCCCCGGACAAGCGGCUCACGCUCUCUCAGAUCUACGACUGGAUGGUCCGUUACGUGCCCUACUUCAAGGAUAAAGGCGACAGCAACAGCUCGGCCGGCUGGAAGAACUCCAUCCGGCACAACUUGUCACUGCACACCCGUUUCAUCCGUGUGCAGAAUGAGGGCACUGGCAAGAGUUCCUGGUGGAUGCUGAACCCCGAGGGCGGAAAGACAGGCAAGACCCCGCGGCGCAGGGCCGUGUCCAUGGACAACGGGGCCAAGUUCCUGCGCAUCAAAGGCAAGGCAAGCAAGAAGAAGCAGCUGCAAGCACCUGAGAGGAGCCCAGACGACAGCCCUCCGGGUGCGCCAGCCUCAGGGCCAGUGCCGGCUACCGCCAAGUGGGCCGCCAGCCCCGCCUCGCACGCCAGCGACGACUACGAGGCGUGGGCUGACUUCCGCGGCGGCGGGCGACCUUUGCUCGGGGAGGCGGCCGAAUUGGAGGACGACGAGACCCUGGAGGCCCUGGCGCCCUCGUCACCGCUCAUGUACCCGAGUCCUGCCAGUGCGCUGUCGCCAGCCCUGGGCGCGCGCUGUCCCGGGGAGCUGCCCCGUCUGGCAGAGCUGGGAGGCCCGCUGGGGCUGCACGGCGGCGGAGCGGGGUUGCCCGAGGGCCUGCUGGACAGCGCGCAGGACGCGUACGGGCCACGGGCCCGCGCCGGGACGCCCGCCUACUUUGGCGGCUGCAAGGGCAGCGCCUACGGCGGAGGAGGGGGCUUCGGGCCGCCGGCGCUGGGCGCGCUGCGCCGCCUGCCCAUGCAGACCAUCCAGGAGAACAAGCAGGCCAGCUUCACGCCAGCCGCCGCGCCCUUCCGCCCCGGGGCGCUGCCCGCACUGCUGCCGCCGCCGCCGCCUGCACCUAGGCCCGGCCCGGUGUUGGGCACGCCAGGGGAGCUGGCGCUGGCGGGCGCGCCGACCGCCUACCCCGGCAAGGGGGCGGCCCCGUACGCGCCGCCGGCGCCCUCGCGCAGUGCCUUAGCCCACCCCAUCAGCCUUAUGACGCUGCCCGGCGAGGCGGGUGCCGCGGGCCUGGCACUGCCCGGCCACACUGCCGCCUUCGGGGGCCCACCUGGAGGCCUCCUGUUGGACGCACUGCCGGGGCCUUACGCGGCGGCCGCCGCUGGGCCGCUGGGUGCCGCACCCGACCGCUUCCCAGCCGACCUGGACCUCGACAUGUUCAGCGGGAGCCUGGAGUGUGAUGUCGAGUCAAUCAUCCUUAACGACUUCAUGGACAGCGACGAAAUGGACUUCAACUUCGACUCGGCCCUGCCUCCCCCGCCUCCUGGCCUGGCCGGAGCCCCGCCCCCCAACCAGAGCUGGGUGCCAGGCUGAGGGCCACUUCCCACGCCUUGGGUGUCUCGGUCCCAUCCCUAAGGGGCCUCUGUCUUCCCAUUCUGAACCCCGGGUCCCCAUUUCCAAGUCUAGCUCCCCUGGAGGCAGCCAGAGCCCUGCUAGAGACCUUUCAGAAGUUGACCCCCCAGGGAAGUGGGAGGGAGGGGCUGGACAUCCCACCAUUCUUGCCCAAACUCCUUCGACCAGUUCCUCCCCUCCUGGGGCAGGAAGCCUAGGAGAAGAAGCUGAAUUC